AUGGAGUUACUCAUGCAACACAUUAAUGAGCACAUCCGAGUCGAAGACGAUGCAGUCGUAGUUACCGUGACGACAAGUCCGGUAGUAGAGAACAAGAGAGUAGUGGGAAAGGUUCACACAGUCGGACAAGAUAUCUUCGAUGAUGGCCAUGCAAACCACCAUGGAAGGGAUAUAAGGAGUUCGGUUUUUGGAAGACGUCAUCACUUAAAAACAAUUAACUUGACAUCACUCACUCUCUCUCUCUCUCUCUCUCUCUCUCUUUCUCAGGACCUAACAUCAGCUCCCAGAAAUGCAGUUGAUCGUACGGUUUGGACAGCCAGUCAGAAGGCUACAAUUGAGCUCACACAUAAUUGGGGUACUGAGAGUGAUCCUGAUUUCAAAGGCUACCAUAAUGGGAACUCAGAACCUUGUGGCUUUGGACACAUAGGCAUUACUGUCGAUGACACAUACAAGGCUUGCGGGAGAUUUGAACAUCUAGGGGUGGAGUUUGUGAAGAAGCCUGAUGAUGGGAAAAUGAAGGGGAUAGCAUUCAUUAAGGAUCCUGAUGGCUAUUGGAUUGAGAUUUUCGAUCUUAAAACAAUUGGAAGUACAACUUCUGGUGCUGCUUGAUAUAGUGCUGAAUAUAUUUGAGGCCAUGCCAACCGUUUUCCAUUAUCAUGUUAA